AUGUUCACUAGGACUAAGAGAUGUGUGUUUGUUCCUUCUCUCUGUGAGGUUGAGGAUCCAGGAUGUAUUUGGGGGCGAACUGUGAAAGGACCUGGUGUGCAUGCCAAGAGUCCUCAAGAUUACGAGAACCUGCAGGUUAAAAUGAAUCUCUUCUAUAACAAGCUCAACUUGGAUGUGCAGAAAUUAAAGCCAUCAUCAUUGAAGAAGGGACAGGUGUGUGUAGUGUUUUGGCCAGAGCUAAGGAGCUGGUGUAGGGCCAAAGUGGAGUCUCUGAUCCUGGGAUCAGCAUGGAGUCAGGCCAUGUGCUUCUUAGUAGACCAUGGCGAGCGUGUCGUCGUCAGCACAGAUGAUGUGAUGGCUCUGCUUGAUAAGUUCCUGCAGCUGCCCUUCCGGGUGCUAAGGUUCAAAUUGGCACGGAUUCACCCGAUGAAACUCAAGGUGCACCUCUGCAACGAGUCAGCGGAGCUUGUUCCAUCCCCUCACUGGGACAGCUCUGCUACAAAAUACCUACACAAUCUUGUACAAGCAUCUACAUUGGUUGAGGCUGUUCUUUGUGAAACACAUGAUGAUUGCACAGUUAUUGAUCUGUACUUGACCAUCAGAAAUGUGAAGAUCUGUGUAAAUGAUGAUUUGGUGGUGAAAAAGUUUGCAUGUUGCAAAAGUGAGAAGUCUCUGGGGUAUCAGAGCGGGUGUGUUGAUCGCUCCCCUGUCUGCCUGGCCUGGGACAUUUACAGCAGUCCUCAACAUAUUCUCAAAAUGAAUGGAUGCUGUACAGUGAGGUCUGCUCCUUCACACUUCCUGACCAGGAAGAGUGAGAAAGAUGAUUUCAUGCCACACCACGUGAAAUCUGUCGUGACUACAGUGAAAUCGGCUGUUCCCAGUGGAGCAGUAUCUGCUGAGUCUGAUGGACAAGAGAAAUGUGGAGUACACGACAAAAAUGCAGUCCCCAUGAGCACUGAGGAAGGGAAAUUAAAGCCUGGGUGGGUCAUCUCUUCACAUUCAAUUAUUCACCUGGCUGUCUUUAUAAAGAAAUGUCAUAGUUUUGCUUCUUUGUAUGAAUGUAUAUGCAGAUUGCUACAGUUGCUGAACCCAGAUCCAAUAAAUCCACACUCGGAAUCUCUUGAUGAUAACGUUACAUGCUGUAAACCCAGCAAGAGUGCAGUUUUGGUGCACUCAGCUACCGCUGUCAACCCCUGUAGAUGUCUAGCCCAGGCUCCCAUCACCGAGCAGUUUCGAAGAUUCCUGUUGAGGAGAAAGUAUACAGGACCAGGCCUGGCCGAGAGUUACUGCUGGCCCUCUGUGGCACGAGGUUGUGACACAGUGCUGAUAUGCCACAGGGGAGAAGAUCCUCUCUCCUACAUCCCACCUCUGCUGGCUCAGCUGCAGUUAGCCUCUUUGUUCAGUGCCCUCACUGCACAAACUGGGCCCAUAGCAGUGAUUGUUUGUCCAGGUUGGGAAAAGGUAGAGUCAGUGCUGGAGCUAUUAGAGGAGAGCCAGGCAGCAGUGAAUCUUAAUCCUGCUGCUGUGCUGAUCGGAGUAGGCAAGAAUGAGGCCAGACAAACCAAAAUUCAGAACAACUGUCAGUUGCUGGUUACUACCCCUUUUGGCCUGGCCAGGUUGCUGGAGGUGCAGUUCUUCCACUUUCAAAGGCUCUGCCACCUGAUUCUGGAUGAGGCUCAUGAGCUCUUUUCAAGAGCCCCUGAACAGAUGACUGCCAUCUUGCAACAUUACCAGAAAGUGGUGUCCAGAGAGGAUAGACCCAUGUGUGUGCGGCAACUUGUUGCUGUAGGCAGUCGUUGGUGUCGGGAGCUGGAGCCUGUGGUCCGGAAUCACAUGAUUAACCCCUGCAUCAUUAUCACAGUGCCGGAAGAGGCGGCGUUAUACGGUGGGGUUCAACAGACAAUACUGAUGUCUCUGGACUGCAAUAAGACCUCAGUGCUACUCAGCUUUUUGGACUUCAGCCCCUCUGUUGCCCAGAAAACCCUUCUCAUCACUAACACUGCAGAGGAAGUGGAGCAUGUGUACAAGGCGCUCAGCAACACAGAAGCAUUCUCUCUCAAAGUUCACGAGGGCCUUACCUACCAAUUUGAUGUUGUGAUUGAGCAGUGGAGGAAAGAUGUUGGUCCAGGCACACAGGUUAUCUUGGUGACUACCAAUGAUUGCUUAAAGGCCCUUGGUAUCAGGGAUGCCACAUGCGUGUUACAUUAUGGUUUCCCUAGCUCCCCUAAACUGUUUGGGACCCGGAUGUUCUGCAUGGUUGAAAACUUUCGGAAUCUCUCCUGUAAGAAUCACUCCGAGGGCUCCUCUCCUGCGGUGCGUUCUUUGUUGCUGCUGUCUGAGCAGAAUUCUCGUCACGUGUCUGGUGUGCUGCGCUACCUGAAGCGUACAGACGCGCCACUGCCACCAGAGCUCCUACAGUUUGCCCUGGGAUUCCAGCAGGCUAAGGAACAGCAGAAAGCUCACCGAGCACUCUGCAGCUAUCUGAAGAGCAUGGGCUUCUGCAGGGACAACACAAGUUGCCCAGACAGACACACAAUCAACAAAAUUCUUGAUUGUCCCCAACACCCAGACUCUGGGACUAUUUUGGUGUUACCCCUUUACAUUAAGACCGCGAGCGUGUACUAUGGACGUAUUAUGGACCAGAAAGAGAACGGUUAUGAGAAACUUGCUGCUGAGAUGAAGUCGCAUUAUGCUAAAGAGAGGCUUUGUGCAACGCAUGUGGUGGAGGGUGGCUUUUAUGCACUACAGGAAGAAGAUGUAUAUCAUAGGGUGUGUCUGACCAAGGUGCCAGAAAAGGGAGGCCAGCUGUUUAGCAGUGUCACAGCUCGAUUUGUGGAUGAAGGACGUAUACAGGAAGUGAAGUCACAUCAGCUACUGCAGCUUCCCCCGGAGUUCCAGAGCUUGCCGGAUCAGGCUGUUGAAAUCAUUCUGUGCAUGGCCCGACCCAUUGAUGGAGAGAUGGACUGGAACCCAAAGGUUACCAGAGCUAUCAGUCAGAAAAUCAAAGGAAAAAUACAUCAAGCCAACGUGGUGAUGUGCCUGGGCAAUACUGUAUGGGUUGAUCUGAUGGUACGUAUGACACGCAUGCCAGGUCUGCAGAUUUUCAUAAAUGAGUAUAAUGUCCAUGCAGAGAUUCUGGCCACUGGGAUGGGCACCGCAAACCCUCAGCAUCUGGAACUACUGAAGUUGCUCUGCCAGGGAGAGGAGGCCUCUGCUGUAGUGGCGCUCCGUGAGAGUAAUGGAUGUGAGAGUGAGGUGGCGUCUCUGGAACAGAGGGGUCAGGCUGCUGAGGAAGCUCUGGCCAGUCAGGUGAAGGCUGGAAUCAACAUGCCUGAGUGUACAGACAGUGAACCCUGUGAACCUUUACAGAACCUUCCAAAUACAAACCAGAGCACCGACCCUAAUAAAGGACAAAGUAAGGUCUCUUUGGAAGCCUGGCUAGAUGCUGAACACAUGUUUACAUCUGCUGAUCUAAGAUUUUUACCUCAGGAUGGGACUCCUGCUCUUUCUAACAGCUCAGAUGAAGACACUUUAUCUUUCAGGUCUUUAAAGAUAUGCAGCAAUAUUCUGAAUGUAUUUUGUAUUUAUCAAGUUUUUUUUGUCCCUUUUUCUGCAUGUUUUAGUUUUCACCCACAGAUCAAGUGGUUUCAAGAAGAAGAGUCAGUCACUCUUAAAAUAAAGCUUACCAACCCCAUGAUGCAGAAGUGUGAAUUCUUCUCUGACAGAGUCCUUUACAGUGCAUAUGUAAACACCCACCAUUACUGUGCCAGUCUGGAGCUGUACAAUGACAUCAGCCCAGAGCAGUGUUCAUGGAAAAUGGAAUGCAAUGAACCAGUAAUCAAAUUGGUGAAGAAAGAGAAAGGAGAGUGGCAGUCACUACUUAACUACAAGAGUGCUUUUGUAAGCUAUGAUUUUGACCACAUUGAAGUUGAAGAAAAUUCUCCCUCCAAUGUUCUAGUGUCAGAUAUCCUGCUGUAA